AGUCGUACAGCUAACAGUAGACGCGUCUUAACGGUUGAAUGAAAGUUGCGGAAGUAAACAAAAUCAAGCAGGACAAAAUGGAAUCUUCAACUGAAGGUUCCAAUACUUCGACUGAAGGAGGAUUCACGAGACUGCAAUUGUUUCAUGUUAUAAAAAAUAUUUUUAAAGAAGAUGUGACAAAUAUAUAUUCAAGAAUUGAACAAUUUUUUUCCGAAAAACGAGGUUCUGAAUACAUAUUGUCAGAUGACGAAAAAGGGAAAAUAAAAGAUUUGGUGUUCAAGAUGAGAACAAGAUGGAAUGAAUGUGCCAGGUCGGAACAUAAAUUUAAAAAAAAAAUCAUGAUUGACUGCAGAAAUCUGUUGAACUAGAAACAAAAAUGAAAAGCAAAGAUUCAGAAGAAAAUUAAUCUGAUGAAAACAAGCCUAAUUCCGGUCGGCCACAACUCAGUUUUUCAGAGUCUUCUGAACAAAAUAAACGCAGAAAAACUGAAGAAUUACAAGCGACAGUAUCGACUGAAGCACUCCUUUAUUCAGCAACGAGUAAAUUGCGGUCCGAAGGAAAAACUGAUUUCGCAAAAGUGGUGAAAGAUAUCUCAGAAGGGAAUCCUACUAAAGCUACAAAGUAUAGAAGAUCUUUGGACUCCGUAAAUACUAAUUUACCGUUUACUAAUGACGAAGCUUUUUCAUUAUUUAUAGAACUGGGAUUAUCGCAAAGUAAAUAUCAGCAGCUACGAAAUGUUCAUUUGCAGAAAAAAUAAAAGAUGAUUCCAUCAUAUAAAAAACUACAAACAGCAAGAUUAAAAUGUUAUCCAGCUGAAGGUCUUUCUAUCACUGCAAAUGAAGCAGAAGUAAAAUUGCAGCAUCUACUUAAUCACACAAUUGAACGCAUUAUACUUUAUCAAAUGGAAGUUAUAAAAACUUUAUCAGAGAAAAAACUCGAAAAUUUAACUUUAAUUGGUAAGUGGGGCUGCGAUGGUAGUUCAGGACACAAUGAAUACAAACAUAAGCUCGACGAAAACAGUAAUAGUAAUGAAAGUAUUUUUUUUACGUCUUAUGUCCCAUUGCAACUUGUACACGUAGACUCUUUGACAAAGGAAAGUACUGUAGUCUGGAAAAAUCCGAGACCAUCAUCGCCAAGAUUUUGUCGGCCUAUUAAAAUUGAAUGUGCAAAAGAAUCAGUGGAUUUAAUAAAAAAAACAACUGAUUAUGUAGAAGAGCAAAUAAAUAAUUUAAAUCCGUUCGAAACUACUGUUGACGGAAAAAAAGUAUGUGUUACAUGUAUUUUGACGUUGACAAUGAUAGAUACCAAAGUAUGCAAUUCAUUGUCAGAUACAAUGUCUGCGAUGCGUUGUUAUCUAUGCAAUUGCACAUCUAAAAGUUUUAACGAUAUAGAUAAAAUGUUAAACCAGGAAUUUAUUACAGAGCACUUAAAAUUCGGCCUAUCGUCUUUACAUUGUUGGAUUCGGUGCUUUGAAUUUUUAUUACAUUUGUCCUACAAAUUAGACAUCCAAAAAUGGCAGGCUCGUUCAAAUGAAGAAAAAGAAUCGGUUGCAAGAAUGAAAAGAAAUAUACAAGCAGCUUUUAAAACUGAAUUGGGCUUGAAUGUUGACAAGCCGAAAGCCAGCAGUGGAACUUCUAAUGAUGGGAAUACUGCUCGAUGUUUUUUCGAAAAAUAUGAACAAUCUGCAAAAAUAACUGGAAUUGAUCAAGAUAUUAUACAUCGAUUUUAUGUUAUAUUGCAAGCUAUAUCAUGUGGUCAUGAUAUUAAUGUGGACAAUUUUCGGCAGUAUGCCGUGGAAUUAGCUAAAAAAAUCGUUGAAUCAUUUCAUUGGUAUUGCAUGCCUACUUUAGUCCAUAAACUUUUAAUUCAUGGCCCACAAAUAAUACAAAAUUCAGUGUUACCUAUCGGUCAAAUGUCCGAAGAUGCGCAGGAGGCCUGUAACAAAUUUUUUAGAAUAUAUCGCCUGCACUUUACUAGAAAAAAUUAUCGUCAAAGA